AUGUCAUCCAUCUCUCAAGAUAAUCUUUAUUCUAAUCUCGCAACUUUCACUUUUGGUGAAGUUCGCUCGACUUCAUCAGAUGAUGAAUCACCAGACGCAAUCAGCCCACUUACUCCAAUAACACGCACAGGCGCUGACAGGACACCUCGUCCAUCAGUUUCAACUUUUAGCAGUCAUCCUUCGCAGGGUCUAGGGCGCCCAGCUUCAACUUCCUUUCCAUCAUCUUCACGCUCUCAACGAUCAUAUAGAACAGAGCACACAGAUGAAGAAAGCAGCGAAGAUCCCUCAUCACCCGAUCUCCACCCGAGACGCGGCUUUCAAAGAGGUCGUUUCAUCACAGACAACGUCAGCCAGAACACAUUUGGCCAUCCGGUAGUACGCUGCUCAACCGCCUCAAUCAGCUCCUCCCGCUCAAGUUCACGUGCAAGUCUCCGCUCAGACCUUCAGUUUAGCAGUGACGAGGAAGUAGAGAUCGCUUCAUACGACGGAGGCUCCUCUCCCGUCACUUUCGCCCGUGACCUCGAUAACAUCGACGAGAAUGAGAAUAGCCCUAUCUUUCAUCCUCGUCCCCUCUUCGCAGAGCCCCGUCGUGGCAGCCUCCCAGUGGCAAUCCCAGGUGCCAUAUCAGAUGCAGUCAGCAAUCGCAGUCGCGAAGACAGCAUACUCACCAUCCGUCGUCCAUCUCGCAGCCUCGACGAUGACCUUAUAUCUUCCCACAGUGGAGAGGAUCCAGUUGCUGUCAUACCACGUAGCGAACCUCUCACUCGCGCUGAUUUUCGUUCACUCGAGGCGCAGGCGCAACAGCAGCAAUCAGAACCAGAUACAUGGGCAUCAGGCUGGGACCUGUCCUAUGUUCUCUCCAGAAAGAGUGAAGGAAGUAUCCGUUCUGUCCGAUCAACCGCACAGCUCUCUUUUCUCGCUCCUACGCGCAACAGCGGCGAACCCUCUUCCUCUCGUCUCUCCAAUAUGUGGAGCGGCAGUGGACGCCGUACCAGCACCGGUACACUCCAAACCAGCAACAGCGGUGAAGAUACCUUUGCCAAGCACAUCGGCAUGUACGACACUCAAAACCCGUGGGCUUUUUUUAGGGAAAAGGCAGACGCCCAACCCGUCCCUACUGUACGCCGUCCGAACGCUCAGGGAGGCGCCUCAAUAAUUAUGGACAAGGCAAAGAACACCAUGUACCCCGGCACACAAGAAAUAUGGAGGAGCGGGCACGUCGGUCGAUAUCGGGUUGACAGAGUCGUCUUCAAACCAUCUACAGCAGACCCAGCCAAACCCGCCCAACAACGUAUCAACGUCCGUCAUAUCCCCGAUCCCUUCCUCAAGGGUCCCAAGACAGGCGGACCGAGCACCGUCAUUCAUAAACAUUCUCGCGCAACUGCAUUCUCCAUAUUUCGCUCAUAUACGCUUUAUACGCCUAAACGCCCUGGGGCUGGAUCUCGUAACAUCCAUAUGCACACGAGCGGGGGAAUCAUGCUUGCGCCGAAGAAAGUGCAGGAACAAUAUACAAGUACGAGAACGACGAGUAAACUGAGUACGCAUGGGUUACUCGAAGAUGGAUCGCGCAAGGCCAUCGGCAACGGGAACGGUGAUAAGUCACGUCGUGGUACGCUUCCUGAAAAGGAAAAACGGCGAGAGAAGGAAAAGGAAGUUGCAAAGAAAGCAAAGGCGAAAGCAAAGGAAAAAAAGAAAGAAUUGAAGAAGAAUAGUGAUCGUGACCGUGCGAGUAAUACGACGGAGGGUACGGAGUCGAGCACGGCGACGAGUAGUGCGGGGAGCAUCAACGCUUCUCAGGUGACGCCUCCCCCUGCACGCGCGGGGGCGUCCAAGAUCACAUUCGCGCCUUCGAUCAGGUCCCAUGUAACGACCCAGUCGACAAGCGGACCGUCAUCACCAGAGACCUCGUCAACAUUUGACCACUCCUCCACGAAACCCCUUCAGUCUGAUUCGUCUACGUCUGUGGCGACCUCGCACGUCCGCAGUCAUCGGGACAGCAUCGACUCCGACGAACACUUCCCUACACGUACGCCGCACGCCGAAGCAUUCGGUACCCUGGACCCGAACGACAUCGAACACCUUCGACGCGCCCAAAAGCCCACCGACGGCAGCAGCAGCUUCGCGAACCGUAUACUCCGACGCCUCCGAGGCCGAGCAGACAACAUCACCCAACCAGUUACGUAUAGUCCCCCGUGGAUCGUCACUGCUGGCAGAGACCAGAACGAGGAACAUGUGCGUGUGCUCACGGAUCUAAAUAAUUCGUUUAGGGAUGUUGGAUUGUUGCAUACGCAGCCGAGUCAUAGAGCAGGAAAGAGUGCGGGUGCGGGUGCGGGAGGGACGAAAAGGAGAGCGGUGACGCAUGAUAUUUUUGAUUAUGUCCCGGAGGACUCGCUUUAUAUGCUUCUGCCGCUUUGGGCGGGGGAAACAGAUUCGAGUGGGGGAAGCGGUGUGGGAAGUGGGAGCAUCAUGGCGGGGUGUAGCAACAGCAGCGAAGCUAGCACCUCCACGACUGCGACGACCGCUUCGACAGCCACGAGCGCCACACUCGUCACAAUCCCCGAAGACCGCCAAUUCCUCCUCGUCUGGUACGUCCCCUUCGAAGACAAGGAAAAAAAACCUUCCGACUCCACUUCUAACUCCAACCCCAAUUCCGUAUCCUCAUCUGCCAACAAGAAAAAAUUGAAACAAACGCAAUCGACCACCGACCCUAGCGCCGAAUCUAACCAAAAGAAUGUUUAUUUAAGAAAUUUUCGGGUGAAUGCACGGUUGGUGGGGUAUGAUGAAUUGAGGGGGACGGGGAUCAGGGUGCCUAGUGAUGGGUUGGCGGUUGCGGCACCUACCUUGGAUGUUGGUGGUCCUGGUGGAGAACGGAAUCAGGAGGAAUCAGAAUCACAGCUGGGAUUAAGACAGCCACAACUAGGACCGCAGUCAGGGACCGGGGCAGCGCUAGGACUCGAAACCGUCAUCUGCAUGUGCAGCUCGCGCGAAAAAGGGUUUCAUUUCCAGUCUGAGGGACUGUCCAAGCUUGGGUUGUGUCUCCAAGAAGAGGUGACGUUGCCUGCUGCUAAUAACCCUCGCGCUGUUUACUUGGAGAUUGAGACGUUGGAGAUCAAGCACUUGUUGACGCCGGUUGGGAGGGCUGCUGUUGAAAUGGUUUGGUUGGGGUGUUUGGCUAUCACUAGUUUUGGGCCGUAUUGA